AUGCAUUCGUUAAGAGGAUGGAAUUGGUUGGCUCUGGGUGGUCUGGUUGGACUGGUACACAGCGCUGCGUUGCCUGUUAUUACACCUGCGCCGCAACCAGACCGAGUUGGCAUUCGAUCACUAAAGCAUAGGCAAGACCCUGAUACCAUCGAAAUAUUACAAGUGCUUAUUACUGCACUACCACUUUCGCUACGGCAAAUCGCUGCGACGAACAUACCCGCAGUUUCGAGCAUAUUAUGGGAGGAAUUCUUGGACGACAACCGGCCAGACUGGUUCAACGAGCUUCCAUAUGAUAUACAGUCUUACUUCAUACAAGAAUUCGGACCAGCGACGGCAGCGCCACCUGCGAGUGAAGCAUUGCCCACUGAUGUUACCGCAUCCGCAACGGAGGACCGAGGCCUAAGCGUCGAGAAUUUCGAACACAGGCGACCCUUGAACCCCGCAGCACAACAGAAAAGCCGGUUUGUGGAAGACAUGAACUGGGAAGAUGAUGGCUAUGACCCGGCCCCUAUGUCUACAGCCUACCAGGGCCAUACGAUACCACCGGCUGCAGGCGUGUCUCACCCUAACCAAGGGUAUUCUAUGCCAGCAGAAUCAACACCAAUGACGAUGCAAGACAACCACACGCCCAUUCUAGCGCCCGCGCUCUACCAUAGCCACUCGUCAAACCGAGCCCGUGGCCGACGAACAAGCUACACUAGUCUUCACUCUGUGGCCGAAGUUACAGAACCUGACGACGAAAUGAACGGAGAGUCCCCUAUCUUAGGGCGUCACAACUCACCCCCCAAGACAGGUCCUCGAAGACCCGGUAUGUCUGCCUUGGACACGCUACCUGUUCCCGCCGUAGCGAGCAUAAAGCGAAAGCCUGUACCCACAAGUCCGAUCAGUAGCCCUGCAGCGGAAGCAUCCCGAGGCCUCCUCCGACCCUCUCUGGCACAAAACACCGCCGAUCAUAGUGGUAGCAGUUCCUCCGGUCUUGCCGUCUCCAGUAUGUCUUCCAACUCUGGGCACGUAUACCACUCAGACGAUUCCGCGCCCAUUUCUCCCAUUACGCACCAGAAAACGUCUUCGAACCCCUUUGCAGGCGGAUAUUCCUAUCUUGAGGAUUACGGCCCUGAGUAUUCGAACGAUGGGUACAACGACCAGGAUGACGAGCUGUAUGGCGGACACAGGACUUUAGAUCGGUACCCAGACCCCAAUCCGCCGAUGAGAAAGAGCAGCAAGACAGAAUGGCCAUUGAGAAACGUCAUGGGCGGCGGUGGUCAGAAGAGGACGAGAAGUCCCAUGUGGGAUCGUGUUUAUGAACGUGUAUGA